CAAAGGCGUGUCCUGCGUGUGUGGAUUCUGUUUAGUGUAUGCGCGCUCACGCAUAGAUUUAUGAGUGGCGCUUCAUGCGGUGGCCGUCCGCUUCUCAGACAGCUCAACGUCACACUUCAGCAGCAUGUCUGAGCUCCGUAGCCGGCAGGAUGUCUUCGCCAAGCCCAAGGUUGAGCUUCACGUGCACCUCGAUGGAGCCAUCCGACUGCAAACAAUUCUUGAUGUCGCGAGGAGACGCGGCAUUCCUCUGCCUGCCACGACAGUCGAGGAUCUGAGGCUGCACAUCGUUCUCCGGAAACCGGCCACGCUCACUGAGUUCCUGGGAAAGUUUGCAGAGUACAUGCACGUUAUUGCUGGAGACCGAGAUGCCAUAAAGAGACUCGCCUUCGAGUUUGUGGAAGACAAAGCUAAGGAAGGCGUGAUUUACGUGGAAGUCAGAUACAGUCCGCACCUUCUAGCCAACUGUCACGUGGAUCCCAUCCCGUGGAAUCAGGCGGAGGGUGAUCUGAGUCCGGACGAGGUGGUCCGACUGGUCAACGAAGGCCUCAAAGAUGGGGAGAGGGCCUUCCAUGUCAAAGUCAGGUCCAUUCUAUGCUGCAUGCGCCACAUGCCAAACUGGUCAGCGGACGUGGUGGAGCUGUGUAAGAAAUAUCGCCACGAGGGAGUGGUGGCCAUCGACCUGGCGGGUGACGAGUCGCUCAACUGCGAGGCCUGCCCAGGACACAGGAGAGCCUACGAGGAAGCAGUGCGCUGCGGGAUCCAUCGAACAGUUCACGCGGGCGAGGUGGGCGCAGCCUGUGUAGUCAAGGAGGCUGUGGAGGUUCUGAAGGCUGAGCGCGUGGGGCAUGGUUACAGGACCUUGGAUGAUCGAGUGCUUUACAAGCAAUUAUUGGCUCAAAACAUGCAUUUUGAGGUGUGUCCCAUCUCCAGCAAGCUGACGGGCGCCUGCGAUGCCGACUUCACCAAACAUCCCGUCGUCACGUUUAGGAGAGACAAAGCCAACUACUCUCUCAAUACAGAUGACCCGCUGAUCUUUGGCUCCACCCUCCAGUUGGACUACUCGGUUGCACAAGAGCACAUGGGCUUCACUCACGACGAAUUUAAGAGACUGAACAUCUGUUCCGCCUCGUCUUGCUUCUUACCUGAAGAAGAGAAGAGCGAGUUACUGGGCAAACUCUACAAGGCCUACGGGAUGAUCCGGAACACGGCCUUCUGAAGCCUGACCUACCAGCUGCCAGCUGCUCCCGAACCUUAACCUUUACAGCCGACACACGAGAAUGUCUUAAUCCUCUUUACAUCACUGCAACCAUCUCAAGUGUGUACGAUGUUCUUACCUCAGUUUACAGGAUUUGCUACCGCUGCUUGGAAACAGGUGCAGAUGUGUGUUUUUUUUACAACAGUGUUGUUAUGCAGUAUUUCAAAACUAUGCAUGCGCACGUUUGUGCGUUUACAUCACGUGACAUGUCAGGGAUGCAUGUGAUACCUCAGCUCUCGACGUACACAAACAACGGGCCAUUGCUCAUGUAUUCACAUAAAUGCCACGUUGUUCCCAUGACAACUGCAAUGUGGAAAGCGAUGCGGUGCGGAAGAUACCAUUCACUGUGGAAGGGGAGUUGGAAGGAUCCAGACCAAAUAGCCUCAACAGGAUUUUUCUAUUUUUUUUUUUAAAUCAGAUAGAAAGAGUAUUAACCCAAAAGGCUCACUCGGUGCUGUACUCCCAAUUUUCACAAUAAAACUUGUUUUUUUGU